AUGCGAUCAUCAGGCAUGGCUAGUACUGAUGUAGUCGAUUCUUUUGUCGAUCCGGAGACUCUCAAUCAAUAUUCAUUACGUGAAUUCACUUUACACGCUCAUGGUCGAAUCGACAUGGAAAAUACUUCACAAAAGUUUAUGACAAUAUUUACUGACAAUGCAGCUCCUGAUACUUGGUCUACGCAUGAUCUUGCAAGCGUUUACACUCAUCUAGCUGCACGAGGUUAUCAGUAUGGACCUGCUUUUCGACGUGUCCAGUCGCUUCGUGGUACAACAUCGACAGUGGUGGCUGAGCUUGAUAGUGAUCUUAGUUCAAUAAGUGAUCUAUCAUCUUAUCAACUAUUUCAUCCAACUUUAUUGGAUUCUAGUUUUCAUCCACUUCUAGCUCUACUACCUGGCUUCGAUUCUACAUUCAUUCCAAUUUCCAUUCAAAAAUUCGUUAGUACAGGAAAAGUAAACACGAAUGUUUUGAAACUAGAAAUGCGUGGUAAAUAUCUUGACAAUGUCUGUGGUUUGGCCCAAGCACGAACAUAUACAACUGAUCUGGUGAUUCUUCCAACUGAUGCAUCUUUAGAUCAAACGAUGUUCAUGUUUGAAGGUCUAACGAUUCGACAAAUUCAAGGUACACAAUCUGGUGAAUCGGCACAAGUAAAAUCAGUUUUCGAUAAAUUAAAUGCAGCUGCUGAUGUGCCCAAUGCAGAUCACACUGAACAAUUAGAUGCAAUUAUGAAAGAUUAUUGUAUGAGACGUAGAUGGGUUGAUACAUUGAUAGUAACUAAUUUAGCCGAUUUAUUUCCAUCAGGUGAGAAAAUUUUCAAUGCUGGAUUCGAUGUUCUUAGUAAUCAAGAAUUAGUGAAAUCAAUUGAACCGUUCAAUCAAUUGGCUGCAUGUUAUGCUCAAAUAGCAUUGAAAGAUCUCGAUUUGAGUCUUGUUGAUCAAAACUAUCAUUCUUUAUUAAGUUCAUGUCAAUCUCUUGCCUCUACUCAAAGUGAACAAGCGUCAUUUCAUUCAACACAACUUCGUCUAAUGACUUUGUUUGAUCGGUUUCCACAGCUCAAACCAAUCUUGACUGCUUUGAAUACGUACGGUUCGCAUCUCAAACAAGUUCUUAAUGGACAACAAAAUGCGUUAGAACUGUUCUUGGGCGACGAUCAAACUGAACAAAAUUUGCAGCAAAUACAAACUAUUAUUAGUAUGGGUAGAAUAGAAAUGAUCUUUCAAGCGAUCAAACAAUAUCUUCAACAGCACGAUCAAAAUAACAAUGGUUCACUUAGUAAUCGCCGAUUACGCAUAUUCUGGUUAGUUGGUGGUGAUUGCUGCUCUUUUUUACCUAUUCUAGAACUUUUACUCAACUUAUCAAGUCAGACAGGACUACGAGUCGAUAUACACUAUGCAGACACUGAUUCAAGACAAAUUACACGAGCUGAGCAAACAUUUGAGACACAUUUAGAUGGUCAAAAUAGUAUAUGUAUUACAUAUGAUCAAACAUUUGACUUGUUCAACAACGAAGACCGUGACAAAAUUCCGAUUGAAUCAUUUGAUAUAAUGCUUACUGCGAAUAAAUUGCAGGGAUAUCAAUGGUGGUCGCCAUCAGGAAGAGGUCGCGCCUUUAAUGAUAUAGAUCAAUGGACAACAGCCUUAAAAGAAGCAAGUGGCUUUGAAUCUAUUAAAACGUUUCUCAGUUCAUAUGAAAGUACACUAAUCAUGGCUCAGAAGACUAAAUCUUCUGAACUACUGCAGAGACUAGACGAAAGAAAAACUCAAGCUUGGCUUCUUUUUGCCAAAGACAAUCAGAAGAGUCUUGCACAUAGUAUUGCAUCACUUUUACCAUGUUCGAACUUCGAAUAUAUUGAUAUGUAUGAUUCUGACAUGGAAAAAAUACGUUCGGUAGUGCAAAAGAUGAUGGCUCAGUACGGACAGUUAUAUAUAGUUUUUGCAUGGCCACUUGAACAAACAGCACUGGAAGAGAAUAGCGAUUUAGCAUUUAAACAACAUGAAGAAUCUAUGUGUGGCACUCUUGCUCAGGUUCUUCAAUUGAUUCAAGCAAUAUCACCUCAAUUUUGUCCGUUUGUAUUUGUUAUUACACGCGAUGCUCAGUUAAAUAUUGAGUCUGGUUGCAAUAUUAUUUGA